AGUGGCACCCUGUGUGUGUAUGUGUGUUUGUGUGCAUGUGAGAGAGUGGGACAGGACAGGACAGGGAAAGGACGAGGGCGAUAGGAGACGGAAGAGCGACGGAGCGAAAGAGCAGAAGAAAGUGAGGGAAGUGGAGACGGAGAGAGAGAAUAGAGAGGAGCAGCGCUGGUCUCCUUGACGACGGAGGCUCGGCAGGAUGGCGGAGGCUACCGAGGGAGAGGAGGGAGAGAUCCAGUUUGUCAGGACGGAUGACACGGUAGUGUUGCAGUGCACAGCGUCCAUCCUGAAGGAGCAGAUCAAGUUGUGUCUGUCGUGUGAAGGCUUCGGCAAUCGACUGUGUUUCCUGGAGACCACUUCUAAUGCUCACAAUGUUCCUCCAGAUCUGGCCAUCUGCUGCUUCAUCCUGGAGCAGUCUCUAUCUGUACGAGCUCUACAGGAGAUGCUGUCCAACACCUCUGCAGACGGAGAGGCAGUGGAUUUGGAUAAAUGGUCUUCCCAGGGCGGGGGCCAUCGCACACUGCUGUACGGUCACGCAAUCCUCCUCAGACACACACACUCUAGCAUGUACCUAAGCUGUCUGACCACAUCUCGUUCACUGACUGACAAACUGGCUUUUGAUGUGGGCCUGCAGGAAGACUCUACAGGUGAGGCGUGCUGGUGGACCAUCCACCCCGCGUCCAAGCAGAGGUCUGAGGGUGAGAAGGUGCGCGUUGGUGAUGACCUCAUUUUGGUCAGUGUGUCAUCUGAGAGAUAUCUGCAUCUGUCCUAUGCAAGUGGUGAUCUGAUGGUGGAUGCCUCCUUCAUGCAAACGCUCUGGAACAUGAACCCAGUGUGCUCUGGCUGUGAACUCGCUGAAGGCUACUUGACGGGAGGUCAUGUGAUCCGUCUGUUUCAUGGCCACAUGGACGAGUGUCUGGCCAUCGCAGCAGCUGACCAGGGAGACGACCAGCGCAGGAAUGCCCACUAUGAGGGAGGUACAGUCUGUGCCCAUGCCCGGUCACUAUGGAGACUGGAACCCUUGCGCAUUGGCUGGAGCGGUAGCCAUAUCAAGUGGGGCACCUCGUUCCGCGUGCGCCACAUCACGACGGGCCGCUACCUGUGCCUGGAGGAGGAGAAGGGGCUGCUGCUAGCGGACCCAGAGAAGGCCGUCACAAAGAACUCAGCAUUCUGCUUCAGAGCAUCCAAGGAGAAGUCGGAGGCGGCGCCCAAGCGUGAGGUGGAGGGGAUGGGCAUCCCGGAGAUCAAGUAUGGGGAGUCCAUGUGCUUCGUGCAGCACGUGGCCACCGGGCUCUGGCUCACCUACGCCUCCGUGGACGCCAAGUCCGCACGCCUGGGGCCACUCAAGAGGAAGGCCAUCCUCCAUGUUGAGGGCCAUAUGGACGAUGCGUUGACGGUGGCCCGCUCCCAGACGGAGGAGUCUCAGGCAGCCAGGAUGAUCUACAGCACGACCGGCCUGUUCAUGCAGUUCAUCAAGGGUUUGGACUCCCUGACUGGUAAGAGUAAGAUGGGCUCCUCAGCUCUGCCCCUGGACACGGUGAUUCUCCUCCUGCAGGAUCUCAUCUUCUACUUCAGGCCUCCUCACGAGGAGCUGGAGCACGAGGAGAAGCAGACCAAGCUGCGCUCCCUCAAGAACCGACAGAACCUCUUCCAGGAGGAGGGCAUGAUCACUCUGGUGCUGGAGUGUAUCGACCGCCUGAACGUCUACAACACGGCAGCUCACUUCUCCGAGUUCGCAGGGGAGGAGGCAGCAGAGUCCUGGAAGGAGAUCGUCAACUUGCUCUACGAGCUGCUAGCCUCCCUCAUCAGAGGAAACCGGGCCAACUGCGCUCUGUUCUGUGACAACCUGGACUGGCUGGUCAGCAAGCUGGACCGUCUGGAAGCCUCCUCAGGUAUUCUGGAGGUGCUGUACUGUGUUCUGAUUGAGAGUCCUGAGGUGCUGAACAUCAUUCAGGAGAACCACAUCAAAUCCAUCAUCUCCCUGCUGGACAAGCACGGACGCAACCACAAGGUGCUGGAUGUCCUAUGUUCCCUAUGUGUGUGUAACGGCGUGGCGGUGAGAUCCAAUCAGAACCUGAUCACGGAGAACCUCCUACCUGGCCGCGACCUGCUCCUCCAGACCAACAUCAUCAACUAUGUCACCAGCAUGCGUCCCAACAUCUUCCUGGGCACGUGCGAGGGCUCCACCCAGUACAAGAAGUGGUACUACGAGCUGAUGGUGGACCACGUGGACCCCUUCCUGACGGCCCAGCCCUUCCACCUGCGUGUGGGCUGGGCCCUGACGGAGGGCUACAGCCCCUACCCCGGGGGCGGAGAGGGCUGGGGGGGCAACGGCGUGGGGGACGACCUCUACUCCUAUGGCUUUGAUGGCCUCCACCUCUGGUCAGGACGUGUCCCGCGGCAGGUGGCGUCGCCCAGUCAGCACGUGCUAGCAGCGGAGGACGUGGUGAGCUGCUGCCUGGAUCUGAGCGUGCCCAGUAUCUCCUUCCGCAUUAACGGGCACCCGGUGCAGGGCAUGUUCGAGAACUUCAACCUGGACGGCCUGUUCUUCCCCGCUGUCAGCUUCUCUGCUGGGGUCAGGGUACGCUUCCUCCUGGGUGGUCGCCAUGGAGACUUCAAGUUCCUGCCGCCGCCGGGCUACGCCCCCUGCUAUGAGGCGGUGCUUCCUAAGGACCGCCUCCGCAUCGAGCCCAUAAAGGAGUACAAGCACGACCACCAGGGAGUUCGCAACCUGCUGGGGCCCACGCAGGCUCUCUCACACACCGCCUUCACACCAUGCCCCGUGGACACUGUACAGAUCGUGUUGCCGCCUCACCUGGAGCGCAUUCGAGAGAAACUGGCAGAGAACAGCCAUGAGCUCUGGGCCGUCACCCGCAUCGAGCAGGGGUGGACUUACGGACCGUUCCGUGAUGACAACAAGAAACUGCACCCAUGCCUGGUGGACUUUGGCAGUCUGCCUGAGCCUGAGAAGAACUAUAACUUGGCCAUGUCUGGGGAGACCCUCAAAACUCUGCUAGCCCUGGGUUGUCAUGUGGGUAUGGGCGAUGAGAAGGCUGAGGAGAAUCUGAAGAGGAUCAAACUGCCUAAAACCUACAUCCAAAGUAGCGGUUAUAAGCCCGCCCCCCUGGACCUGAACCAUGUCAAGCUGACGCCCAAUCAGAACACUCUGGUGGAGAGACUGGCAGAGAACGGCCACAACGUUUGGGCACGGGACCGAGUCCGACAGGGCUGGACCUACAGCAUUGUACAGGAUAUAAUAAACAAGCGCAACCCUCGCCUGGUGCCCUACAACCUAUUGGAUGAGAAGACCAAGAAGACCAAUCGGGAGACGGUAUGCUCCGCAGUCCGCACUCUGAUUGGCUAUGGCUACAACAUAGAACCACCGGACCAGGAGAGCAGUGGCCACGGGCCUGCCUGCAGCGACAAGAUGCGCGUGUUCCGUGCGGAGAAAUCCUACGCGGUGACGCAGGGCAAGUGGUACUUCGAGUUCGAGGCGGUGACGGUGGGGGAGAUGAGGGUGGGCUGGGCCAGGCCCAACGUGCGAGCCGACGUGGAGCUCGGAGCUGACGACCUCGCCUACGUCUUCAAUGGCUUCAAGGCCCAGCGUUGGCACAUCGGCAACGAGCCGUUUGGGCGUAGCUGGUUGCCAGGCGACGUGGUGGGCUGCAUGAUCGACCUGACGGAGCAGAACAUCAUGUUCACGCUGAACGGGGAGAUGCUGAUCAGCGACUCGGGAUCAGAGAUGGCCUUCAAGGACAUCGAGAUCGGAGACGGCUUUGUGCCAGUGUGCAGCCUGAGCAUGUCGCAGGUGGCCCGCAUGAACCUGGGCAUGGACGUGAGCACGCUGCGCUACUUCACCAUCUGCGGCCUGCAGGAGGGCUUCGAACCCUUCGCCAUCAACAUGAAGAGAGACAUCACCAUGUGGUUCAGCAAGAGCCUGCCGCAGUUCGUACCCGUGCCCCCCGACCACCCUCACAUAGAGUUGUCGCGCAUUGACGGCACAGUGGACAGCGCCCCCUGUCUGAAGCUGACGCACAAGACGUUCGGCUCUCAGAAUGCCAACACAGACCUCCUGUUCAUGCGCCUCAGCCUCCCCAUCGAGUUUCAUGAGACCUUCAAGGUGGCGCCGGGCAGCACGCCCAUCACGCGCACGCUGGCCAUCCCCGAGGAGCAGGCACUGGACAUCGAGCCCGACUCGGAGUUCGAGCAGCUGAAGAAGUCGGCCACCCGCAAGGAGGCGGACGAGAAGGAGAAGGAGCCCUCCGUGCCCAAGGAGGUGGCCAUCACCAACGGCAACAAGGAGAAUGAGAAGGACACGGCUACGGAGAAAAGCAAGAAGAAGGGGUUCCUCUUCAAGGCUAAGAAGGCUGCGUUCGUGGCCCCUCCCCCUGUGAUCCUCGUGCCUCGGCUCAUGGAGGACGUUGUCCCCGACGACAGAGAUGACGUGGACAUCAUACUCAACACCACCACAUACUACUACUCGGUGCGUGUAUUCGCUGGUCAGGAGCCCACGGGUGUGUGGGUGGGCUGGGUGACCCCCGACUACCACCAGUACGACCUUCACUUUGACCUCAGCAAGGUCCGCAACGUCACCGUCACCGUGGGGGAUGACAAGGGCAACAUCCACGACAGCAUGAAGCGUGGUAAUUGCUACAUGGUGUGGGGAGGAGAGUUCGGCAGCUCCCAACAGACUCGCAUCAGCCAGGAGGACCUGGUGAUUGGCUGCCUGGUGGACCUGGAUACGGGCCUCAUGAACUUCACAGCCAAUGGGAAAGAAGUGAACGCCUUCUACCAGGUGGAGCCGAACACCAAGCUGUUCCCGGCAGUGUUCUGUCUGCCUUCUAGUCAGAACAUGCUGCAGAUAGAACUGGGGAAGCUGAAGAACAUCAUGCCUCUGUCGGCAGCCAUGUUCCGUAGCGACCGCAAGAACCCGGUUCCGCAGUGUCCGCCGCGGCUGGACGUGCAGAUGCUCACCCCCGUCAUCUGGAGCCGCAUGCCCAACCGCUUCCUGAAGCCGGAGUGGGGCCGCGUCAGCGAGAGGCUGGGCUGGAGGGUGGAGUGCAGAGAGCCGCUCACCAUGAUGGCUCUGCAUAUACCUGAGGAGAACCGGUGCAUUGACAUCCUGGAGCUAUCUGAGCGUAUGGACAUGCUGAAGUUCCACUACCACACGCUGAAGCUGUACGGCUCGGUGUGCGCGCUGGGCAACAACCGGGUGGCCCACGCCCUCUGCAGCCACGUGGACGAGUCACAGCUGCUGGAGGCCAUCGAGAACUCCUACCUGCCCGGCCCCAUACGGUCUGGCUACUACGACCUGCUCAUCAGCAUGCAUCUGGAGUCGGCGCGCCGUAACCGCCUCAUGACCAACCGUGAGUUCAUCGUGCCCAUGACGGACUACACGCGCAGCAUCCGGCUCUUCUCGGACGCGGAGAAGGCCCACGCGCUGCCCGGGGUCGGCCUCACCACCUGCCUCCGGCCCAAGCUGCACUUCUCCCCCACCGGGUUCGUGGGCACCAACGCCGAUAUCUACACACUGAGUCCUGUCAUACCACUGCAGAUCCUGAAAGAAAAGGCGCUGACCAUGCUGACGGAGGCGGUGUCGGACGGCGUGCAGUGCAUGCGAGACCCAGUAGGGGGCAGCGUGGAGUUCCACUUCGUGCCCAUCCUGAAGCUCAUCAGCACGCUGCUCAUCAUGGGCGUCUUCGAGGACGAGGACGUCAAGCACAUCCUCAAGAUGAUCGAGCCCAACGUCUUCGACGAGGGGCUGGAGCAUCACGAGGAGGAGGCGGAGACGAAAAGCGGAGGCGGGGCCAGUAAGGAGGCGGGGCCGGAGCAGAAGGAGGAAGAGGAAGGACAUGGGGAGGAGGAGGAGGCUAUGGACGAGGGGAUGGGAGAGGAGGAGGAGGAGGAGUUUGAAGAGGAGGAGAUGGAGGAGGCGGUGGACAGGGAGGAAUGGGAGGAGGAGGAGGAGGAGGAAGGGAUGGGGGAGAAGAGGGAUAGGGAGAAAGGGGCGGAGGGAGGGAAGGAGGCCGGGAAAGAGGCGGGGCAUGGAGAGGAGGAGGAUGGAGUUCACGAAGGACUGCUGCACAUGAAGCUGCCAGAGUCGGUCAAACUACAGAUGUGUACUCUGCUGCAGUACUUCUGCGAUUGCGAGCUGAGGCACAGGGUGGAGGCCAUCAUCGCCUUCUCGGACCAGUUCGUCAACCAAGUGCAGACCAACCAGCGCGCGCGCUACAACGAGCUCAUGCAGGCCUUCACCAUGAGCGCAGCCGAGACCGCCCGCAAGACGCGCGAGUUCCGCUCACCACCACAGGAACAGGUGAACAUGCUGAUGAACUUUAAGAAUUGCCCAGAGGAGGAGGACUGCCCUGUACCAGAGGAGGUCCGACACGACCUGCAGAACUUCCACAACGACCUGCUCUCCCACUGCGGAGUGCACAUUGAGGAGGAGGAGGAGGAGCAGGAGGUGGACAACUCUCUGAGGGGGCGUCUGGUGCGCCUCCUGGAGAGGGUCAAGAGCCUCCGCAAGAAGAAGGAGGACAACGAACCCGAGCCCGAGGAGGAUGCCAAGCCGAAGACCCUUCAGGAGCUCAUCUCCAGCACCAUGAUCCACUGGGCCCAGGAGUCCUUCAUCCAGAACCCGGAGCUGGUGCGGCUGAUGUUCAGCCUGCUGCACCGGCAGUACGACUCGCUGGGGGAGCUGAUCCGCGCGGUGCCCAAGGCCUACACCAUCAACGUGGUGUCGGUGCAGGACACCAUGGAGCUGCUGGAGUGCCUGAGUCAGAUCCGCUCGCUGCUCAUCGUGCAGAUGGGCCCCGAGGAGGAGAGACUCAUGAUCCAGAGCAUCGGGAACAUCAUGAGUAACAAGGUGUUCUACCAGCACCCCAACCUGAUGCGGGCCCUGGGCAUGCACGAGACCGUCAUGGAGGUCAUGGUCAACGUGCUGGGCGGAGGGGACUCUAAGGAGAUCCGCUUCCCCCGCAUGGUGACCAACUGCUGCCGUUUCCUCUGCUACUUCUGCCGCAUCAGCCGCCAGAACCAGCGCUCCAUGUUCGACCACCUCAGCUACCUGCUGCAGAACAGCGGCAUCGGCCUGGGUGUGCGUGGGUCAACUCCACUGGAUGUGGCCGCCUCCUCCUGCAUAGACAACAAUGAGUUGGCACUGGCCCUUCAGGAGCAAGACCUGGAGAUGGUGGUGAAGUACCUAGCAGGCUGCGGUCUGCAGAGCUGCUCCAUGCUCCUCUCUAAGGGGUACCCUGACAUCGGCUGGAACCCCUGCGGAGGGGAGAAGUACCUCGACUUCCUCAGAUUUGCUGUGUUCGUAAACGGUGAGAGCGUAGAGGAGAAUGCCAACGUGGUGGUCCGUCUGCUGAUUCGUCGGCCCGAGUGCUUUGGCCCCGCCCUGAGAGGGGAGGGGGGCAACGGUCUCCUGGCAGCCAUCGAGGAGGCCAUUAAGAUCUCAGAGGACCCCGCCAGGGAUGGGCCCUCUGUCAAGAAAGACAGACGCCAUCAAAUAUUUGGAGGUGAGGAGCAGCACGAGGAGAAUCGUGUUCACCUGGGGAACGCCAUCAUGUCCUUCUACUCCGCCCUCAUCGACCUGCUGGGACGCUGUGCUCCUGAGAUGCAUCUGAUCCAGGCAGGCAAAGGGGAAGCCCUGAGGAUCCGCGCCAUCUUGAGAUCCCUGGUGCCCAUUGAGGACUUGGUGGGGGUCAUCAGCCUUUCAGUGCAGAUACCAGCCUUUGGCAAGGACAACAGCAUCAUUGAGCCUAAGAUGUCUGCAAGCUUCGUGCCGGACCACAAGGCGCCCAUGGUUCUCUUCCUGGACCGUGUGUAUGGCAUUGACAACCAGGACUUCCUGCUUCAUGUCCUGGAGAUUGGCUUCCUUCCCGACAUGAGAGCUGCUGCCUCUCUCGACACGGCGGCGUUCAGCACCACAGAGAUGGCUCUGGCCCUGAACCGCUACCUGUGCUCGGCCGUGCUGCCCCUCAUCACCAAGUGUUCGCCCCUGUUCGCGGGCACCCCGGGCCACCGAGCCAUCAUGAUCGACUCCAUGCUGCACACCAUCUACCGGCUCUCCAGGGGGCGCUCUCUCACCAAGGCCCAGAGGGACGUGAUCGAGGAGUGUCUCAUGUCCCUAUGCAAGUACCUGCGUCCGUCCAUGCUGCAGCAUCUGCUGAGACGGCUGGUGUUUGAUGUGCCCAUCCUGAACGAGUAUGCCAAAAUGCCCCUCAAGCUGUUGACCAAUCACUAUGAGCGUUGCUGGAAGUACUACUGCUUGCCAAACGGAUGGGCCAACUUUGGGGUGGCCUCAGAGGAGGAGUUGCACCUGACCCGAAAGCUCUUCUGGGGCAUCUUCGAGUCACUUGCCCACAAGAAAUUUGAUGCUGAGCUGUUCAAGAUCGCCAUGCCCUGCAUCUGUGCCAUCGCUGGUGCCAUCCCACCUGACUAUGUGGACGCCAGCUACUCCUCCAAGACGGAGAAGAAGGCAUCAGUGGACGCAGAGGGCAACUUCGACCCCAAGCCUGUGGAGACCACCAAUACCAUCAUCCCUGAGAAGCUGGAUGGCUUCAUCAACAAGUAUGCUGAGUACACGCAUGACAGAUGGGCCUUUGAGAAGAUUCAGAACAACUGGACCUAUGGAGAGAUCUUGGAUGAAGUAGGCAAGACUCAUCCAAUGCUGAGACCGUACAAAACCUUCUCAGAGAAGGACAAGGAGAUCUACCGUUGGCCCAUUAAGGAGUCCGUCAAGGCCAUGCUGGCGUGGGAGUGGACAAUGGACAAGGCCAGAGACGGGGAAGAGGACAAGGUAGAGAAGAAGAAGAAGAUCUCUCAGACGGCACAGGCAACCUAUGACCCCAGCCAUGGAUACAGUCCCCAGCCUAUUGACAUCACUGGCAUGGCACUGUCAAGAGAACUACUGUCCAUGUCUGAGCAGCUGGCUGAGAACUACCACAACACGUGGGGACGUAAGAAGAAGAUGGAACUACAGUCUAAGGGAGGAGGCACUCACCCCCUGCUGGUGCCCUAUGACACCCUGACGGCUAAGGAGAAGGCCAGGGACCGAGAGAAGGCCCACGAGUUGCUCAAGUUCCUGCAGCUCAACGGAUACGCAGUCACAAGAGGAUUGAAAGACAUGGAACUGGACACCUCCUCCAUAGAGAAGCGUUUUGCAUAUGGCUUCCUGCAGAAGCUGCUCAAGUGGAUGGACAUUGCACAGGAGUUCAUUGCACAUUUGGAGGCUGUGGUCAGCAGCGGCCGUGUAGAGAAGUCUCCCCAUGAACAGGAGAUUAAGUUCUUUGCCAAGAUCCUGCUGCCCCUGAUUAAUCAGUACUAUAAGAACCACUGCCUCUACUUCCUCUCCACGCCGGCCAAAAUCCUGGGCAGUGGCGGACAUGCCUCCAACAAGGAGAAGGAGAUGAUCGCCAGUAUCUUCUGUAAAAUGUCGGCUUUGGUGAGGCACAGAGUGUUUCUCUUUGGUACGGACGCUCCAGCUAUCGUGAACUGCCUCCAUAUUCUGGCUCGCUCCCUGGACGCAAGGACCGUGAUGAAGUCUGGUCCUGAGAUUGUGAAGGCCGGUCUGCGCUCCUUCUUUGAGAGCGCUGCUGACGACAUCGAGAAGAUGGUGGAGAACCUCAAGCUGGGCAAGGUCUCCAAGGGCAACCAGCCGGUGAAAGGUGUGUCGCAGAACAUCAACUACACCACCAUUGCCUUGCUGCCUGUGCUCACCUCCCUCUUUGACCACAUCGCACAGUCCCAGUUUGGAGAUGACGUCAUGCUGGAUGACCUCCAGAUGUCCUGCUAUCGCAUCAUGUGCAGCAUCUACUCCUGUGGAACCAUCAAGACUCCUCAUGUGGAGAGGCUUCGUCCAGCGCUGGGUGAGUGUUUGGGCCACUUGGCGUCUGCCAUGCCGGUGGCCUACCUGGAGCCCCACCUCAACGAGUACAACGCCUACUCCGUCUACACCACCAAGACGCCCCGCGAGAGAAGCAUCCUGGGCCUGCCCAGCGAGGUGCAGGAGCUGUGUCCCGACAUCCCGGAGCUGGACAUCCUGCUGAAGGAGAUCGGCGAGCUGGCCGAGUCGGGGGCGCGCUACACGGAGAUGCCGCACGUCAUCGAGAUCACGCUGCCCAUGCUCUGCAACUACCUGCCGCGCUGGUGGGAGAGGGGGCCCGAGAGCCUGCCCGACCAGGAGGGACAGGUAUGUACGGAGGUCACCUCUGACCAGCUCAACCAGUUGCUGGGUAGCAUCAUGAAGAUCGUGGUGAACAACCUGGGUAUCGACGAGGCCUCCUGGAUGAAGAGACUGGCAGUCUUCUCCCAGCCCAUCGUGAGCCGUGCCAAGCCGGAGAUGCUCAAGUCCCACUUCAUCCCCACCAUGGAGAAGCUGAAGAAGCGCACGGCCAAGGUGGUGGCGGAGGAGGACAAGCUGCGCAUGGAGGGCAAGUCGGAGGGGGACGAGGAGGAGGGCACCAUCCGCGACGAGUUCGCCGUGCUGUGCAGAGACCUGUACGCCCUCUACCCUCUCCUCAUCCGUUAUGUGGAUAACAACAGAGCUCGCUGGCUAACAUGCCCAGAUCCUGAUGCCGAGGAGUUGUUCCGUAUGGUUGGAGAGGUCUUCAUCUUUUGGUCCAAAUCUCACAACUUCAAGCGGGAGGAGCAGAACUUCGUGGUCAUGAAUGAGAUCAACAACAUGUCCUUCCUGACCGCUGAUAGCAAAAGCAAAAUGAGCAAGGCCGGAGAUACGGAGGCUGGGGGCUCUGAUGUGGAGCGUACCAAGAAGAAGCGGAGGGGGGACCGCUACUCGGUGCAGACCUCCCUCAUUGUGGCCUCCUUGAAAAAGAUGCUUCCCAUCGGUCUUAACAUGUGCUCACCUGCCGACCAGGAGCUUAUCAAUAUCGCCAAGAUACGCUACUCAAUGAAAGACACAGAUGAGGAGGUGAGAGAGUUCCUUCAAACCAACCUGCAUCUUCAGGGCAAGGUGGAUGACCCGUCCAUGCGUUGGCAGAUGGCCCUGUACAGGGAGAGGGCAGGCAAAGCGGAGGAUGCAGAUGCAGCCGAGAAGGUGGUCAGGAGGGUCCAGGAGGUGGCAGCAGUGCUCUACCACAUAGAGGUGACGGAGCACCCCUUCAAGUCCAAGAAGAUGGUUUGGCACAAGCUGCUGUCCAAGCAGAGGCGCAGGGCAGUGGUGGCAUGUUUCAGGAUGACGCCACUUUAUAACCUGCCCAGGCACAGGGCAUCUAAUAUGUUCCUGGAUGGGUAUAAGCGCAACUGGCUAUACACGGAGGGCUACUCGUUUGAAGACAGAAUGAUUGACGACCUGUCGAAAGCGUUGGAGGAAGAGGAGGAUGAGGAGGAGGAGAGGGAGACGAAGCCGGACCCCCUCCAUCAGCUCAUCCUGCACUUCAGCCGCACCGCUCUCACAGAGAAGAGCAAGUUGGACAUCGACUACUUGUAUAUGGCUUAUGCAGACAUCAUGGCAAAGAGCUGCCACAUAGGUGAGGAGGAUGGUGGCGAGGAGGAGGAGGCUGAGCCGGCGGAAGAUGAGAUGUCGUUUGAGGUGCGGCAGAGUGAGCUGGAGAAAGAGAUGGAGAAACAGAGGCUGUUGUAUCAGCAGUCUCGUCUCCAUAACCGCGGAGCUGCAGAGAUGGUAUUGCAGAUGAUCAGUGCCUGCAAAGGAGAAACGGGCUGUAUGGUUUCCACUACUCUAAAACUUGGUAUUUCUAUACUGAAUGGAGGCAACUGUGAAGUGCAACAGAAAAUGCUGGAGUACCUGAAGGAGAAGAAGGAUGUAGGUUUCUUCGUGAGCAUGCAGUCGCUCAUGUCCACCUGCAGUGUCUUGGAUCUGAAUGCUUUUGAGAGGCAAAACAAAGCAGAGGGUCUUGGAAUGGUUUCAGAGGAAGGCACAAACAUGAAGGAUAACCGGGGUGAGAAAGUGAUGGCGGAUGAUGAGUUCACUUGCGACCUCUUCCGCUUCCUGCAGCUGCUUUGUGAAGGACACAAUAAUGACUUUCAGAAUUAUUUGAGAACUCAGACUGGAAGCACUACGACCAUCAACAUCAUCAUCUGCACUGUAGACUAUCUUCUGAGACUGCAGGAGUCCAUAAGUGAUUUCUACUGGUACUACUCUGGGAAGGAGAUCAUUGACGAGCCUGGCAAGAAGAACUUCUCCAAGGCCAUGACUGUGGCCAAGCAAAUAUUCAACAGCCUCACCGAGUACAUCCAGGGUCCCUGCACUGGUAACCAGCAGUCUCUGGCUCACAGCCGCUUGUGGGACGCCAUUGUUGGAUUCUUGCACGUCUUCGCACACAUGAUGAUGAAACUGGCACAGGACUCCAGUCAGAUUGGGCUGCUAAAGGAGCUUCUUGAUCUUCAGAAGGACAUGGUUGUCAUGCUGCUGUCUCUACUGGAGGGAAAUGUGGUGAACGGCACCAUCGCACGCCAGAUGGUGGACAUGCUGGUAGAGUCGUCCAGCAACGUGGAGAUGAUCCUGAAAUUCUUCGACAUGUUCCUCAAGCUGAAGGACAUCGUGGCGUCCGAUGCGUUCCGUGACUACGUGACGGACCCACGUGGCCUGAUCUCCAAGAAGGACUUCCAGAAGGCCAUGGACAGCCAGAAGCAGUACACGGCCACGGAGAUCCAGUUCCUGCUCUCCUGCUCCGAGGCCGACGAGAACGAGAUGAUCAACUUCGAGGAGUUCGCUAACCGCUUCCAAGAGCCGGCCAAGGACAUUGGUUUCAAUAUCGCCGUGCUGCUGACCAACCUGUCGGAGCACGUGCCUCACGAUGCGCGGCUGAAGAACUUCCUGGAGCAGGCAGAGAGUGUGAUCAACUACUUCCGGCCCUUCCUGGGCCGCAUCGAGAUCAUGGGUGCCAGCCGCAAGAUUGAGCGUAUCUACUUCGAGAUCAGCGAGGUCAACCGCCGACAGUGGGAGAUGCCACAGGUCAGGGAGUCCAAGCGCCAAUUCAUCUUCGACGUGGUCAACGAGGGUGGAGAGAGCGAGAAGAUGGAGCUCUUUGUCAACUUCUGCGAGGAUACCAUCUUUGAGAUGAACAUCGCCGCGCAGAUCUCCGAACAGGAGGAGGGCGAGAGCCAGGAAGAUGAUGAGGAGGUUGUGGUUGUGGAGGCUAGUCCAAGUGCUGGAGGCGGAGGCGGUGGCAAUGGAGAGGGCGGCGACGAGGAAGGAGGCGGGCAGGACGGCCAACCAGAGUCCAGCUCGGCCUUCGCUGACUUCCUGACCAGCGUCUUCGACUUCCUGGGCAUGUUCACCUUCCGGAACCUUCGCAGGCAGUACCGGCGGCUGCGUAAGAUGACGAUAAAGGAGAUGAUCGUGGGCGUGGUGACCUUCUUGUGGACCAUCAUCACCGGCAUCCUGUUCUUCGUGCUAAACGUCUGCAAGGGUUUCUUCCUGCUGGUGUGGCAGACGCUGUUCGGUGGCGGCCUGGUGGAGGGCGCCAAAAACACCACCGUGACAGAGAUUCUGGCCAGCAUGCCUGAUCCCACGCAGGAUGAGGUGCACGGGGACGUACCAGGGCAUGCUGGUGGGGGGGAGGAGCUGGAGGCCGGGGGCAUCAACGACUCCAUGGACCAAGGAGGAGGCGAGGAGGAGGAGGAGGACAGCCAGGAGAAGGAUGGGGGCCGCAUCCCCGGCAUAGACACCCCGGGAGGGCUAGGGGAUAUGGGGGACACCGAGCCCGUGGAGCCCCCCACGCCGGAGGGCUCGCCCAUCACCAAGAGGAAGGCCGGUACCGGUGAGGAGGCGGGAGCAGAGCAGCCAGCACCAAUAGAGGAGCCACCCCCAGAGCCAGAGAAAGCAGACACUGAGAAUGGGGAGAAGGCCCAGAAGGAGGCGGAGGCCAAGGCCAAGGCUGAGGAGAAGAAGGAGGAGGAGGAGGAGCCCAAAGUCACCAAGGCCAAGGCCAAGAAGGAGGCUCCGCCCAAACAGGGAGGCUUCGAGCUCUGGACCGAGCUGGACAUGCAGCGUGUCAAAUUUAUGAACUACCUCUCUCGUAACUUCUACAACCUGCGUUUCCUUGCCCUCUUCAUCGCCUUCGCUCUCAACUUCAUCCUCCUCUUCUACAAGGUGUCCGACAGCCCUCCGGGCGAGGAGGAUGAGGAGGAGAUGGAGGGCUCAGCCAUGUUCGAAGGCUCGGGCGCGCUGUUCGAGGCCAUGAUGGAAGGUUCCGGGGCAGCGGCGGAGGGGGAGGAGUUCGAGGGCUCGGGGCUGGGCCUGGACGACCUGGGCGGGGACGAGGAGGACGAGGAGGAGGGGCCCGUCUACUUCUUCCUGGAGGAGAGCACGGGCUACAUGCAGCCCACCAUGUCCUUCCUGUCCAUCGUGCACACCAUCAUCUCCUUCCUCUGCAUCAUCGGAUACAACUGCCUCAAGAUCCCUCUGGUGAUCUUCAAGCGUGAGAAGGAGCUGGCCAGGAAGCUGGAGUUCGAUGGCCUCUACAUCACCGAGCAGCCAGAGGACGAUGACAUCAAGGGACAGUGGGACAGACUGGUGCUCAACACACCCUCCUUCCCUAAGAACUACUGGGACAAGUUUGUGAAACGCAAGGUUCUGGAUAAGUAUGGUGAUAUCUAUGGGCGUGAGCGUAUUGCGGAGCUGAUGGGGAUGGACCUGGCCUCUCUGGACGUCAGCAAGCAGCAGAACCAGGACAAGAAGCCAGAGGAGCCAGACACCUCCAUGUUCACCUGGAUUACCUCUUUUGACAUCAAGUACCAGCUCUGGAAGUUCGGAGUGGUCUUCACAGACAAUACCUUCCUCUACCUGUGUUGGUACAUGAUCAUGUCCUUCUUGGGCCACUACAACAACUUCUUCUUUGCCUGCCACCUGCUGGACAUUGCCAUGGGUGUCAAGACGCUGCGCACCAUCCUCUCCUCUGUCACACACAACGGCAAACAGCUGAUGAUGACAGUAGGCCUGUUGGCGGUGGUGGUGUACCUCUACACUGUGGUGGCCUUCAACUUCUUCCGCAAGUUCUACAACAAGAGCGAGGACGAGGACGAGCCCGACAUGAAGUGUGACGACAUGAUGACCUGCUACCUGUUCCACAUGUACGUGGGUGUGCGUGCUGGCGGGGGUAUUGGCGAUGAGAUUGAGGACCCGGCCGGUGACGAGUACGAGCUGUACCGAGUGGUCUUCGACAUCACAUUCUUCUUCUUCGUCAUCGUCAUCCUCCUGGCCAUCAUCCAGGGUUUGAUCAUUGAUGCCUUUGGAGAGCUGAGAGACCAGCAGGAGCAGGUCAAGGAAGACAUGGAGACCAAAUGUUUCAUCUGCGGUAUCGGGAGUGACUACUUCGACACGACUCCGCAUGGCUUUGAGACACACACGAUGGACGAGCACAAUCUGGCCAACUAUCUCUUCUUCCUGAUGUAUCUAAUCAACAAAGACGAGACAGAGCACACUGGCCAGGAGUCGUACGUGUGGAAGAUGUACCAGGAGCGCUGCUGGGACUUCUUCCCGGCUGGAGACUGCUUCCGGAAGCAAUAUGAGGAUCAGCUGGCAUAGGCUUCACACAUCACACCAUGCACAACUCAACUAUAGGACGCUUUUGUACACCUCAAAAUGAACGGGUGCAUUCGAUGUAACCAGUGAUUCAAAGAACCAGACAAAUACCUCACACAUCGUCCUAUCUAUUAGACUUGCAUUUUAUUGCUCACAACUGUGUGGUCGCUCAGACCUCCUUCAGGUGAGAACUCACCUUGUGAGCAAUAAAUGGUACAAGCAAAAAUACAUGAUGGACUGUGUGAAGGAUUUAUUUGUCUACUAGGCAUACACAUUUUAAAAGUGGGCCUGUUUACGUGGUCACAUUGAACUGAUAACUGGCAAUAAUCAGAUAUGUGGGAUCAUCCAAUCCGAUCGGAAUAAUCUGUUAGGUUGUUCACAUGCAUUUAAGAAAUCUGAGAAUGGUUUGGUCAUUCACAGGUGCUGGCCUCACGCACCUGACAUUGAACUGCAAUGCAUUCAACACUUUUGUGAAUGUCAGAAACCCAAUGAAGGUGUUUAUGUGUCUUGAAGACAUCAGUUUAUUGGCAGAAGCUUAACUUAGUGAAUCAGAUUUCUUAUAAACUGAUAACGCAUGUAUGCGUGUGUUCGCACUCUAACAAAUAUGAGUUUGCACACAUACAGUAUUUUUUGCAAGAACUGUAUUUUUUGGAUGAGGGAGAAGGACUGAACAAAUUAUAUUAAAUUUAGUUCAUUUCAUGUAGUUAGGUAACACUAACUAGGCCCUAUUUAUUAAUGACAUUGAUAUUAUAUAUUUUGAUAAAUAUAUCUGUUAACACGCUUAAAGAAAGGUAUUGAAAAGGGUUAAUUGCCAUUUUAAAGGAUAGUUAUUUACGAGAUGUUUCCUUUGCAAUAUCUGUAUCUACAAUAAAUGCUUCAGCAGUCCUUUGAAAA